AUGGGUUCUGUUGGGAACACGGAUACCAUUGUCUCCUUGCCUGACAACCAGAAUGCAUGGUCUUGCAGCAGUCUUCCUGCUACAACCGAUCGUAAGCCGGUGACGGAACAACAUGUGUCUGAUCUACGCAAAGCAUUGAAGGAACUUGACGAAGGGUCCAUCCUGCUUGUGCCGGGAGAUGACGGAUACGAGGACAGUUUGAGGAGGUGGAGUCGAGCUGCUGAGAAAAGAGCUGGUGCUGUCCUUCUCCUCAAGACUCCCUCAGCAAUCGCCAAAGCGCUUCGAUAUGCCUCUGAACAUACCAUCGACCUUGCCGUCCGAGGCGGUGGUCACUCUACUGCUGGUGCCUCUUCCACGUCUGGCGGAUUAGUUAUCGACCUCUCCUCGAUGCGCUCCGUCACGGUCGACUCCACCGCAAAAACCCUUGCCGUACAAGGCGGCGCUCAGUGGUCCGACGUCGAUGAUGCCGCAUGGGAACAUGGUCUUGCAACCGUUGGAGGGACGGUGGCCGACACUGGAGUUGGCGGCCUGACUCUGGGCGGUGGCUAUGGUUGGCUCAGCGGCACGCACGGACUGGUCAUCGACAACCUCAUCUCUUGCGAAAUCGUCCUCGCAAGCGGGGAGGUGGUCAGGGCCAGCAAAGACGAGAACGCGGAUCUAUUCUGGGCGCUCCGAGGCGGGGGCCAGAACUUUGGUGUCGUCACCGAAUUCAUCCUCCAAGCCUGGAAACAGGAUAACGUCUGGGCCGGAGUCAUGUUAUUCCCCACCGAAAAACUGGCCGAUAUCCUUGACGUCCUGAACGAAAUCAUCCUCGAGAUGAGAGGACGAGGUGCAUGCGUCCUCGGUUUCAGCCGUCCCCCUCCCGCCGGUGGGCAGGUUCUGAUCAUCAUCGCGGUGUUCUACGACGGCACCGAAGAGGAAGGCCGAGCGCGGUUUCAGCGGCUGCUCGAUCUCGGCCCGAUCAUGAACACCGCAACCAGCGUGCCCUACAACAGCGUCAAUCGCAUGCUCCAUGUCCCGCAGGGAAGACGCGUCAGCAUGAAAGGCGCCUCCUUCACGCUGCCGCUGCGAUUCGACUUUGUCAAAUCCACCAUGGACGCCUACGCGCAGUUCACGUCCGAAGUCCCGCACAGCCAGGAGAGUCUGUUGCUGUACGAGAUCUUCGAACCGGGCAAGAUCUGUGAGGUGGCGAAUCACGAGAUGAGUUUCGCGAACCGCGGGAGGAGGAUGAAUGCCAUGGUGGGUCCCAUGUGGACCAGUCCAGAGCAUGACGCGAGGUCGCGGGCUUGGGCGAGGGAGGUGGCGGACAUGUUCAAGGCUGAACUGUCAAGGAGUAAAGGUAGUGAUGGAAAGGGGGAAGGGCUGGGUGUCUAUGGGAAUUAUGAUCAAUAUGACGAGAAAUCUCGCGAUGUCUUCGGUGGUAAUUACGCCCGGCUGCAGGAGUUGAAGGCUCGCUAUGAUGCGGGGAAUAUGUUCAAUAAGCUCUUCUCGGUCGCUCCCGCGGUGUGA